UAAAACGAUAGGCUUUGAAAUGCUGGUCAGAGUAGACUGAAAAGCAGCUGCUGGAAAUAAUAGCCAACCCUUAGACAGGACCAAGUUCUGGUUCAGUUCUAAGGGCAGAGAACCGGUGGAGCCAAAGACAAGUUUCUCAAGUCACCUGGUGCAGAGAUGGAAACCAGAGGGAAGCCCCAGCUCCUCAUGAGCCUGAUAGUUCUCAGUAUGCUCUUCUCACAAAUGCUGGCCUGGCCUCUUUUUGAAGCACGUUUUUUGAGAGUACCAUUGGAAGAAGAGAGUGAAGUUGAUCGAACUUCAUUCAAAGCAGACACUGACAUCUCACGAAAUGUAUUUCCUGAAAAUGGCAGGAGUGCCAGACAUGCCAAUGAAAUUGUCACAAGUGACUUGAGUACAGUCUUGGAUCAGCUUUCUGACAAACUUGAGGUCUUUACUGAAAAACGAGAUCUCGAUAACAUCGCAGAAAACUGGGGACAAAGGAAACGCCAAGCGGAUGCGAUCUUCACUGACUUGUAUAGCAAAGAACGAACACAAUUGGACUCGGACAA